AUGGCGUCGUGGCAGCUUUCCGUUCUCGCCCUCUGCACGCUCGCGUCACUGCUGGCGCCUGCUGCGGCGCGGCCUACCAAGGAGGAGUUCAUCGACGAAUUAAAGCAGACCCGCGACGCGCUUGCGGACCCCAAGCUGAACGGCCGAUAUCACGCCACCCACACGCUCCUUGACCACGUCAUCCCUCAAUUGGAGACGGACUGGAACCCGAAUGAGGAUUUCCUCAACAAGGUGGACCACAAAACUAUGCUGCUGCCGGAGGACGGCGUCAUUGCUUCCAAGGCCCCGGACGCGCUCGCCAUGAUGGUGAAAACCGGCAUGAGGCGCGGCGAAGUCGACCCCUACACCAAGCUCUUUCGCGCGCAGAUGCUGGACGGCGUGUACGAGGAGGACGACCUCGCGAAGGCAUCAAAUCUGAAGAACGUGAAUGGCGGCAGCGUGGGUACGGAUCAGAUUGUGGACGCGACGACUAAAUCGAAGAAGGUGGCGAUUGGAAAGGGCAAGGCUAAGAUUAAGCAUGCUGGGAUUUUCAGGGGGAAGUUUCUUACCAUCCAUGGCGUCGACGCGUCGCAGCCGGAAGAGUAA